AGAAGAUAUUAAGUAGACAGGCUACUGAUACUCUAAUGAGGAUUAGUAGACAUGUAGUGUUACUUAUUGUCAACAUAUAGUUCAAAAGGGACUAUCAAAAUAAAGUGUUACCAACCAUUAACAUAUAACAGUUAUGAGCUUAUAAAAUAGUAUUAUAAAUUAUGAACUUUCUGGGUAAAAAAGGCAAAAAAAAAAAAAAAUACUUCAGUAUCUGAGAGGAUUUUGCUUUUAAAUUUCAACAGAUAUAUGGAAACUGACAUACAGUGUGCCUUCAUAGCUAAUAAAACAUUGUAUGUGACAGGAAUUGACGUUUAAGUAGUUUCUGUGUCUUUUUGUAAACCUUCUGGAGAAACAUUGUUUACAAUCAGAUAAGUCACCAUCAGGGGAAACAUUGUUUACAGUCAGAUAAGUCAUGUAGCCAUUCAGAGAAGAUUUAUCAACAAAUUCAUUUUGGCAAUAGAAAUAUGUGCAGUUACUAACUGCUUGCUACAACCAGAUACUAUAUAUCCUCUUAACUAAUACCAUAAAAAAAAUUAAAAACUAUUGAUCACAGGCAGGUCAUGAUUGUAUUUAUUGAUUUUAUAGAUGUUAUUUUUACUGAUGAAUACUUAUUUCCUAAUUACUGAUGGUAUGGUAUUCAGUUGACAUGAGAAAGAUCUAGUCAAUCAAGGUGAGAAAUGAUGGUUUGUCACAUUAGCAUGCUGUUUUGAGAACAGUUACCUGAAUAUUGCACAUACCAUAACAUAAAUGUUGCACAUGAUUGACAUAAACGUGAGGGGAUAAGCCUUGAUGACAACAUCAGUGACAACAAUGUUAUGCCUACAAAGAAGUAACUCACAUAUCAUGCAAGAGGGAAACUAUGAGAACAAGUAAACUGAACUUUUAGCAAAUAUUUUUUAGCAACACAUUAUACACAAGAACCCGGAUAUUCUCUCAUCCUUUUCCUCAACAAUCAACAUUUUUUUUUUUUUUUUUGUCAUAAGUAUAUGUGUGUACUGUAUCUUUGUAGGAGUGGCUACUUGAUUAUGUAAUGACACACCUCCAGACCUUACUAUAAAAACUUAAUGACAAAAGGUGAGUCACAUGUUCCUAUUGAAAGCGACCGACCAAAUUAAGAAGAAAGGGAUUUCACUGAACUUCUCUUUGGGAAAAUCUUCAAGACUUAAAAUGGCCAAAAACACCAAUAUUCGAAUCAGUCUCCCAGCAGUCUGCUUUGUCUGGCAGAUUGCUAUGAUUAUCCUGUUUGGCGUGUUCAUCCGUUAUGAUGAGGAAUCUGACACCCACUGGAUCGAACACAGAAGAAAGAAAAAUAUUUCCACAAAUUUAGAGAAUGACUUCUACUAUAGAUAUCCAAGUUUUCAGGAUGUGCAUGUGAUGAUCUUUGUUGGUUUUGGAUUUCUAAUGACCUUUCUGAAGCGUUAUAGUUUUGGUGGAGUUGGUUUCAAUUUUCUCAUCGCAGCUUUUGGUAUUCAAUGGGCUUUGCUGAUGCAAGGCUGGUUUCAUCACCUUGACGAACAUGACUGGAAGAUAAAAAUUGGGGUUGAGAACCUCAUUAAUGCAGAUUUCUGCGUGGCCAGCUGUCUCAUUGCUUAUGGCGCUUGUCUUGGAAAAGUCAGCCCAGUGCAGCUGAUGGUUCUUACUCUAUUUGGAGUCACCCUGUUUGCUGUUGAGGAGUAUAUCAUUCUUGAACUCCUACAUGCGAAAGAUGCUGGUGGUUCCAUGGUCAUCCAUACUUUUGGAGCAUAUUAUGGUCUGACCAUAUCUUGGGUCUUAUAUCGACCAUUGCUAUCUCAAAGCAAGCAUUUACAAGGAUCUGUUUACCACUCUGAUGUAUUUGCAAUGAUUGGCACUCUCUUUCUUUGGAUGUACUGGCCCAGUUUUAAUUCUGCUAUUGCAGAUCAUGGAGAUGGCCAGCACAGAGCUGUUAUUAAUACCUACCUUGCACUGGCUUCAUCAGUUCUCACUACCUUUGCCAUUUCAAGUAUCUCACAGAAUAAUGGAAAGCUCGACAUGGUACAUAUUCAGAAUGCUACCUUGGCUGGUGGUGUUGCAAUGGGAACAGCUUCAGAGUUCAUGAUUACACCAUAUGGCUCUCUAAUAGUGGGAUUCUGUUCAGGCAUUGUAUCCACAUUUGGAUAUCUUUUCCUGACUCCUUUUAUGGAAAAAACUCUGAAGAUACAAGACACUUGUGGAAUACAUAACCUACAUGCAAUGCCUGGAGUUAUAGGUGGUAUCGUUGGAGCAAUUACUGCAGCUUCUGCCAGUGAAUCAGUUUAUGGACAAGAAGGGUUGAUUAACACUUUCGACUUCAAGGAUGCCGUUGCUAACAGGACAGUCAACAUUCAGGGUGGUUACCAGGCAGCAGCUCUUUUUGUAGCAAUAGCAUUUGGCCUUGUAGGUGGAGCUUUGGUUGGUGGGAUACUAAAGCUGCCAAUAUGGGGGGACCCAGCAGACGUCAACUGUUUUGAUGAUGAUGUUUACUGGGAGGUUCCUGAGGAGGAUGAGAAUUUUCUCUCUAGACACCCAAACAUGAACCAUGCAACAAGCAUACCAGAUGUGUAUCAACGAAGUAAUGUGUAAGAAAAAAAAAGGAGCCUGCAAACUUCACAUCCUGAGGAACUUCAGCUCUGAAUGAUGAUUGAAUAAGAAUCAUGAAGGGUUUACAGACUGAGACUAGAUACGCUACUCAAUGGAAAUUUUUAAGUUUGUCAUGUGCUGUGGGUUGUACCAUGUCAUAAUCCCAAAACAUCUUGACUAACCAGUGUUGCUGCUGCUGCUUCCACAAAAACAAACCCGAACAUGUUUUAUGUCCAUUUUUUAUAUUCCUACAGCAAUAAUUUGAAAUUUUAUCUUAUCUUUGUUUGUAAUGUAACUAUCUAGAUUUUUAUAGUGCUUUCUUUUUGCAUUAAUAAUGUGAGCACUAUAAAGAAAUGGAAAAAGAUCUAAUGAUUUGUUUAUGGUAUACAUAAGAAGUUAACUAGUUAAAU